AUGUUUGUAGAUUUUCUUCUUUUCUUCCUUUCGUCUCACUAUGAAUUCUUCCUGCGGGACGUUCUUUCGGCACCACCAAUCGACGCGAGGAUGAAGCAUGCAGAGCAUAUCGUUCACUCGACAAUCGACACAGCCACCAUUGCCUUCCAAGAGUAUAUCUUCCGCCGCAAUUUUCGGAGGACCUGCUACACCCUGCUGCUACACCCUGCUGCCACUGCUACUGCCACUGCCACUGCCACUGCCCCUGUCUGUCAUGAGAUCAUUGACAGCGUGGUCCAGGUACUUGUUUUGUAUAUAUUCUGGUUGGUCCUACCAUACCCGUAA